AUGGCUGCUGCUGCUGCUGCAGGGGGUCACAUCCAGCGUCUCCGCGAUGAAGCCACUUGCUCCAUCUGCCUGGAUUACUUCAAGGAUCCAGUCACCAUCCCAGAGUGUGGGCACAACUUCUGCCGAUCCUGCCUGAUCCAGUACUGGGGGGAAUCGGAGGCAGAGGCUUCCUGCCCUCAGUGCAGAGAAAGAGUCCAGAGAAGGAGCCUCAUCCCCAACCGGCAACUGGCUAACUUUGUAGAAAUAGCCCAGAAUCUCUGUGUUCAAGGAGGGAAUGAAGAGGAAAGAAAAGGAGGAGUCUGCGAGGAUCACCAGGAGCCCCUGAAGCUCUUCUGCAAAGUCCAUGAAGCCCCCAUUUGCGUGGUUUGUGACAAAUCAAAGGAACAUGAAAAUCACAAGGUGAUUCCUCUGAAGGAGGCUUUCGAGGAAUACAAGGGAGAGAUCUGUCGCCGCCUGGAGAUUCUGAGGAAAGAGAGAGAGGAAAUUCUGGCCUAUCAAACUGACCUGGACAAGGAAAGCAAAGACCUCCUUAAAUUAACAGAAACGGAGAGGCUGAAGACUGUGGAGAAGUUCAAAAAACUGCACCAGUUCCUGGAAGAACAGGAAAAACAUCUGCUGAAUCACGUGGAAGAGGUGGAGAAGGAGAUUGCAGGGAGAAGGGAUGAGCAGCUGGCCAGACUCUCCAGGAAACUCUUCUCCCUUGAGAAGAUCAUCCAGGAGAUGGAGGAGACGAGUCAGCAGCCAGCGAGUGAACUCCUGCAGGAUGUGAGAAGCACCUUGCAGAGGUAUGAGAAAAGAGAGAGUCCAGAGAAGCCACUGGCUUUCCCUCCAGAGCUCAGGAACAGGAUCUUGGAUUCCUGUGAUCUGAAUCACCUUGUGGAGCAUACAAUGAAACAAUGGAAAGCAAAUGUCACUCUGGAUCCAGACACAGCCCAUCGCGAACUCAUCCUGUCCAAGGAUCGGAAAAGCGAGCCCAGGAAGAUCCGGGUGACUCUGGACUAUGAAGGGAGACGUGUGUCUUUUUCUAAUGCUGACUCAGGAGCCAAACUCUACACGUUCUCAGGAGCCUCAUUCUCUGGAGAGACCCUCAUCCCUUUCUUUUAUCUGGAUGACAUUGAAACCCCCCUGAUGAAACUUAACUCGCGUUUUUGGCUCGAAGGAGCCAUGGCUGCUGCUGCAGGGGGUCACAUCCAGCGUCUCCGCGAUGAAGCCACUUGCUCCAUCUGCCUGGAUUACUUCAAGGAUCCAGUGACCAGCCCAGAGUGUGGGCACAACUUCUGCCGAUCCUGCCUGAUCCAGUGCUGGGGGGAAUCGGAGGCAGAGGCUUCCUGCCCUCAGUGCAGGAAAAGAGUCCAGAGAAGGAGCCUCAUCCCCAACCGGCAACUGGCUAACAUGGUAGAAAUAGCCCAGAAUCUCAGCCUUCAAGAGGGGAAGGAGGAAGGAGGGGAAGGAGGAGUCUGUGAGGAUCACCAGGAGCCCCUGAAACUCUUUUGCAAAGUCCAUGAAGCCCCCAUCUGUCUGGUGUGUGACAAAUCAAACGAACAUGAAAAUCACAAGGUGAUUCCUCUGAAGGAGGCUUUUGAGGAAUACAAGGGAGAGAUCUGUCGCCGCCUGGAGAUUCUGAGGAAAGAGAGAGAGGAAAUUCUGGCCUAUCAAGCAGACCUGGAGAAGGAAAGCAAAGACCUCCUUGUAGGUGUCUCUGUUGUUACUAGGGAGGGAACAAGAAUUAAAUUGACAAAAACGGAGAGGUUGAAGACUGUGGAGAAGUUCAAAGAACUGCGCCAGUUCCUGGAAGAAGAAGAAAAACGUCUGCUGAAUCAUGUGGAAGAGGUGGAGAAGGAGAUUGCAGGGAGAAGGGAUGAGCAGCAGGCCAGACUCUCCAGGAAACUCUCCUCUCUUGAGAAUAUCAUCCGGGAGAUGGAGGAGAUGAGUCAGCAGCCAGCGAGUGAACUCCUGCAGGAUGUGAGAAGGACCUUGCAGAGGUAUGAGAAAAGAGAGAGUCCAGAGAAGCCACUGGCUUUCCCUCCAGAGCUGAAGAGCAGGAUCUUGGAUUCCUGUGAUCUGAAUCACCUUGUGGAGGAUACAAUGAAACAAUGGAAAGAUGCUCUGCUAUUCAGAAAACUGAUUCAGAAAGCAAAUGUCACUCUGGAUCCAGACACAGCCCAUCCCCAACUCAUCCUGUCCAAGGAUCGGAAAAGCGUGAGAAGGGGAGACAAAGAGCAAGACCUGCCUGACAAUCCUGAGAGAUUCAACUACAGGCCUUAUGUGUUGGGAUGUGAGGGAUUCACAGCAGGCAGACAUUUCUGGGAAGUCAGUGUGGAAAGUGGGGAAUGGUGGGCUGUGGGGGUUGCCAGGAAGUCUGUGGAGAGGAAGGGCUUCUUCCCCUUAAACACUGAGGAAGGAAUCUGGGCUGUGGAGAAAUCUGUAGGCGAGUACUGGGCCUGCACCUCCCCUGAUGACUCUCUUCUGUCCCUGAGUGGGGAGCCCAGGAGGAUCCGGGUGACUCUGGCCUAUGAAGGGGGACGUGUGUCUUUUUCUGACGCUGACUCAGGAGCCGAACUCUACACGUUCUCAGGAGCCUCAUUCUCUGGAGAGACCCUCCUCCCUUUCUUUUAUCUGUGCAGGAAUAAAACCCACCUCAGUAUCUCCUGAGGAGACUAAAUCUGCCUCUCAGGCCCAGCAGGAGUUUCUCUCCAGACCAGAGGGACUGAUAUAAAAAACAUUUACCCACCAAGAGCACUUUGGGCAGUUUUUCAAGGGCCCUUUGAGAGGAUUCAUUCCAGUCAAAAUCAGCAGAAAUAACAAAACAAAAAUGGGUUGUUGUGGCUUUGCAUUUUCCUUCCUUUUCCCAGAAUUCCCUCUGCCUAUUACUUCUUAA